GUGUGUGUAUAUAUAUAUAUAUAAGAGAGAGACAGAGAGAGAGAGAGAUAGAUAGGUGUGCCUUAGGCUGCCCACAAUAAAAGGCCACUCUGAAAUGUGCAGUUUUGCUUUAUUGUAGUGAUCUGGGGGUCAGAAAACCAGUCAGUAUCUGGUGUGACCACCAUUUGCCUCACGCAGGGCAAGACAUCUUCGCAUAGAGUUGAUCAGAUUGUUGAUUGUGGCCUGUGGAAUGUUGGUCCACUCCUCCUGUCGUAUACGCUAAUCCAGAACAUCCCAAACAUGCACAAUGGGUGACAUGUCCGGGGAGUAUGCUGGCAAUACAAGAACUGGGAUGUUUUCAGUUGACAGGAAUUGUGUAAAGAUCCUUCCAACAUGGGACCGUGCAUUAUCAUGCUGCAACAUGAGGUGAUGGUCGUGGAUGAAUGGCACAACAAUGGGCCUCAGGAUCUCAUCACGGUAUCUCUGUGCAUUAAAAAUGCCAUCAAUAAAAUGCACCUGUGUUCGUUGCCUAUAACAUACGCCUGCCCAUACCAUAACCCCACCGCCACCAUGGGCCACUCGAUCCACAACAUUGACAUCAACAAACGCUCACCCACACGACGCCACACACACUGUCUGCCAUCUGCCCUGAACAGUGAAAAGCAGGAUUCAUCCGUGAAGAGAACACCUUUCCCACGUGCCAGACGCCAUCAAAUGUGAGCAUUCAAGUCGGUUACGACGAUGAAUUGCGGUCAAGUCGAGACCCCGAUGAUGACGACGAGCAUGUAGAUGAGCUUCCCUGAGACGGUUUCUGACAGUUUGUGCAGAAAUUCUUUGGUUAUGCAAACAGAUUGUUGCAGCAGCUGUCCGGGUGGCUGGUCUCAGACAAUCUUGGAGGUGAACAUGCUGGAUGUGGAGGUCCUGGGCUGGUGUGGUUACACGUGGUCUACGGUUGUGAGGCCGGUUGGAUGUAUUGUCAAAUUGUCUGAAACGUCUUUGGUUGGACAUACUGCCAAAUUGAAACUCCUUUGGAGACGGCUUAUGGUAGAGAAAUGAACAUUCAAUUCACGGGCAACAGCUCUGGUGGACAUUCCUGCAGUCAGCAUGCCGAUUGAACGCUCCCUCAGAACUUGCGACAUCUGUGGCAUUGUGCUGUGUGAUAAAACUGCACAAUUCAGAGUGGCCUUUUAUUGUGGCCAGCCUAUGGCACACCUGUGCAAUAAUCAUGCCAUCUGAUGUUUAUUGAAAGUGCAGCCGGACAGGAAAGGGUUUUAGAGGACAGACAGAGGGGACUAGGGGUGAGAACCACAGCAGAACAAUAGUGAAACAGUCUAGAUAUUUGAACACAAGUAACAUUACAACAGUCAUUUGUAGAUGGGGAGGGGGCGGGGGGGGGUGUCAUGCAAUAAUCUAUCCCUCCAUUUUCCACACUGUUUAUCCUCACUAGCGUCACAGGUGUGCUGGCACCUACCCCAGCUGACUUUGGGCGAGAGGCGAAGUACACCCUGAACAGGUCGCCAACCAAUCGCAGGAGACAUACAGACAAACAGCCAUUCAUAAACUACAGACAAUUUAGAGUUGUCAAUUAACCCACCAUGCAUGUUUUUGGAAAGUAAUACAAAACCGGAGUACCCGAAGAAAACCCACGCAGGCACGGGGAGAAUAUGCAAACUCCACACAGGCUAGGCUGGAUUUGAACCCCGGUCCUCAGAACAGCGAGACAGACGUACUGGUUAGUCAGACGCUGUGCCGCCUUUGAUAGCAUGUCCAGAAAUGUUGUUGUUUUUCUUCACAGUCCCAAGCACAAUGUCAAUAAAAGGGAAACUAUUAUGCACCUGCCAUUUUGUUUUUCCUCACCGUUUGUACACUUAUUGAAGAGAAUAGUUGAAUCAGUACUUAUACUAUUACCAUUUUUUUAUUUGUAUUUUUUGACUCAAGUUUCUGUACUUAAGUCGAGGCCCGGGUGUGAGUACUUUUGCCCCCCUCAGUACAGAGUGUGAGUACUUGAGCCCCCUGCCCCCAGGGUGGGACCGGACCGCCCGUGUGUCUCCUCCCACUCUUUCUGUGCUCUGCUCCAGUCCAGUAGGAUUUCAGCCGGGGUUUCCACACACAGGAGCAGAGAAGUCUCGCUCGGAGUCGAUCUGGAGCAAGGCGACGCUAGCUCCUCUUGUUGUGUCCCGCAGUUCCGCAGCAAGUGGACCCGAAGGAAGAGCAGCAGGUUCGGACACCGCCACCGGAGCGUCCGUCUGAACGGAACCAACGCGGUUGUCCGUGUGCAGCUGCGAGAUGCAUGCGUCACUGUUGGUGUUGGUCUGCGUCUUGGCUGCAGCUGCCGGCCACGAGCCCGACCGUAGCCACGGAUGUGCCCAUGGCAGCUGUUACCCAGCAACGGGGGACCUGCUGGUCGGACGAGAAAAAAACCUGAAGGCCUCGUCCACGUGUGGCAUGAGGAAGAAGGAGCCCUACUGCAUCGUCAGUCACCUGCAGGACGAGAAGAAAUGUUUCGACUGUGACUCCAGAAGGCCUUACGACCCUAUCUACAACACCAUCAAUCAUCGCGUAGAGAACGUGAUCACCACCUUUAAGCCUCACCGCAAGAAGUCAUGGUGGCAGUCAGAGAACGGAAAGUCAAAUGUGUAUGUCCAACUGGACCUGGAGGCAGAGUUUCAUUUCACUCACCUCAUUAUGACCUUCAAGACUUUCCGUCCAGCGGCCAUGUUGAUUGAGCGUUCGGCCAAUUUUGGUCGCACCUGGCAGAUCUACCGUUACUUUUCCCAUGACUGUGCCGCCAACUUCCCCGGCAUAUCCCAGGGUCCUUUACACAACAUCAACGACGUCAUCUGCGAAUCACGUUAUUCUGACAUCGAGCCAUCCACAGAGGGAGAGGUCAUCUACAGGGUGUUGGAUCCAGCCAUCAGGAUUGAGGAUCCAUACAGCCCAAACAUCCAGAACCAGCUGAAAAUCACCAACUUGAGGGUGAACUUCACUAAACUUCACACACUGGGAGACAACCUGCUGGAUCCCAGACCUGAAAUCAAAGAAAAGUAUUACUACGCUAUGUAUGAGCUGGUUGUGCGUGGAAACUGCUUUUGCUAUGGCCACGCCUCCGAGUGCGCCCCAAUUGACGGCAUCAGGGACGAUAUAGAUGGAAUGGUUCAUGGCAAGUGUGUGUGUAACCACAACACCAAAGGUUUGAACUGUGAGCACUGUGAGGAUUUCUACAACGACAUGCCAUGGAGACCUGCGGAGGGCCGCAACACCAAUGCAUGCAAAAAGUGUAAUUGCAAUACCCACUCGUCUGUAUGCCAUUUUGACAUGGCGGUGUAUUUGGCCACGGGCAACGUCAGUGGAGGAGUGUGCGAUGACUGUCAGCACAACACGAUGGGCCGAAACUGUGAAUUGUGCAAGCCCUUUUACUACAAAGAACCCUUUAAAGACAUCCGGGACCCUCGGGUCUGCAUAGCUUGCGACUGCGACCCAGAAGGUUCUGAGAACGGAGGGAUGUGCGACAGCCACACAGCGCCGACACUGGCCAUGGUGGCUGGGCAGUGUCGCUGCAAGACCAACGUCGAGGGCCAACGCUGUGACAAGUGUAGGACCGGCUACUUUGGCCUAAGUGCGGACAACCCUCAGGGCUGCCAGCCUUGCCGGUGUGACCCCAGGGGAACGGUGGCAGGCAGCACCCAGUGCGACCCGGUUAGUGGAGACUGCUUCUGCAAGCGUCUUGUCACUGGACGAAGCUGUGACCAGUGUCUGCCAGAACACUGGGGCCUGAGUCUCGGCCUGAAUGGCUGCCGAGGCUGUGAAUGUGACAUCGGAGCUGCUCUCGAUAAUCACUGCUCCAUGGAUAGUGGCCAGUGUCGCUGCCGCAGUCACAUGACCGGACGCCAGUGUACACAAGUGGAGUCUGGGUAUUUCUUCAUGGCUCUGGAUCACUUCUUGUAUGAAGCUGAGUUGGCCAAGAUGGGUCAGGGCUGUACACUCGAAACCAGGGAACACCACCUAGGUCGUCCGGCCACAUGGACGGGUAUUGGGUUCGCCCGUGUACCUGAAGGUGCCACUCUAGAGUUCAUCAUCACCAACGUCCCUUAUUCCAUGGAGUAUGACCUGCUCAUCCGCUAUGAGUCGCAGAUGCCCCGGGACUGGGAAGAGGUACGAAUAACAGUGAUACGCCCAGGCCCAAUUCCAACCAGCAGCCCGUGUGGAAACACAAUCCCAGAUGAUGACAAACUUGUUGUCGCCCUGCCGGCUGGGGCCAGGUUCAUGGUCCCUCCUCAGCCUGUGUGUUUAGAGAGAGGUGUUACAUACACCGUCCGCUUCGAGUUCAGGCGUUAUCAGGACGCCAACGCUGUCCUUAACGGAGCGGCCAACGCUGUCCUCCUUGUGGACUCUAUUGCCUUGAUGCCUCGUCACUCUUCCAUUGAGAUCUUUAACGCCGGGGAUCUGGCCUCUAGCAACAGGAAGCAGACCUACGAGCGGUACCGCUGCCACGAAGGGGCGAAGAGCGUGACCCGCCCAUCCAUUAGUGAGACCUGUGCCAAGCUGAUCACAAGCAUGUCAGCCGUUAUUAACGACGGGGCUUUGUCUUGCAACUGCGACCCCCAGGGAUCUAUCAGCUCCAUGUGCGAUGUCCGCGGGGGUCAGUGUCGCUGCAGACCCAAUGUUAUUGGUCAACGGUGCGAACAGUGUGCCCCUGGAACUUAUGGGUUUGGACCCUCGGGCUGCAUUGCCUGCGGUUGCAGCGUGGAAGGCUCGGUCACUCGGCUGUGUGACAAGUACACAGGGCUGUGUCAGUGUCGGCCCGGAGCGUUUGGCCAGCAGUGCGACAGAUGCCAGGCAGGUCACUGGGGCUUCCCCAACUGCCGCCCCUGCCAGUGCAACGGCCAUGCGGACGAGUGUGACCAGAGGAACGGUGCAUGUAUUAACUGCAGGGACAACACUGGAGGAGACAAUUGCGACAGGUGUGCUAAUGGUUACUAUGGUCACCCAAUUCUGGGCGUAACAAGUGGCACCUGGUGUCGUCCAUGCCCAUGUCCAGACGGCCCCACCAGCGGACGUCAUUUUGCAGCAUCUUGUUAUCAGGACAACCGCAACCGGCAAAUUGUCUGCAACUGUAACCAGGGAAACACAGGGAUUGUUAAACUCCUCAGGCUGACCAUUCAUAAGCGUACCCGAUGUGAGGAAUGUGCUCCGGGUUACUAUGGCAACCCCUCUCAGCCAGGGGGGCGGUGCCAGCUGUGCCAGUGCAACAACAACAUAGAUAUGUCCGACAUUGAUGCGUGCGACCGGUGGAUCGGAGAGUGCAGAAAAUGCCUUUACAACACAGAAGGACCCAACUGUGGCAUCUGCAAAAGCGGCUAUUUCGGGGACGCUUCAAUGCGCAACUGCAGGAAAUGUAUUUGUAACUUCCUGGGUACGGAGCGUAGCCAGUGUAUGGAGCGUGAGGACUGCGUGUGCCAGCGGAAUACAGGCCAGUGCCAAUGUUUACCAAACGUUAUCGGUCUGACAUGUGAUCACUGCUCCCCUGGACACUGGAACCUGGCUAGUGGCAAAGGCUGUGAACCCUGCGGUUGUGACCCCCACAACUCAGUCACUUCAACGUGUAACGAGUUUACUGGACAGUGUCAGUGCCGUGAUGGAUUUGGUGGCAAGACCUGCACAGACUGUCAGGAGAACUACUGGGGAGACCCUCGGACACAGUGCAGAGCUUGUGACUGCGACUGGCGAGGCAUUGAGACGUCUCAGUGCAACCGUGUUACAGGUCACUGUGUAUGCCAGCAGGGGGUGUCUGGUGUCCGAUGUGACCAGUGUGCCCGAGGUUUCUCUGGUCUCUUCCCCAACUGCCAGCCCUGCCAUCAGUGCUUUGGGGACUGGGACCGCAUUGUCCAGGACCUGGCGGUGCGUACCAGGGCUUUGGCAGAGCGUGCCCAUGACAUUCAGACCACUGGCCUUACUGGGGCCUAUGAGAAGGCUUUCAGGGAUCUUGAGGAGAAACUGGCCCAAGCUCAGGGCAUCGUCAACUCACGUAACCUCACUGCUGCAGCCAUUAGCACGCUGAUGGAGCUGAUUGAACAGCUUCGAUCUCAGAUUGGUGAGACCACCGACACAUUGAACCAUCUGGAAGGAGAUCUGACCGUCGUCCAAGACAGCAACUCAGAGGCAAGCAAGGAACUGAGUGCUCUAGAGCGAGAGGCCAGAGAACUGAACCUGACUUCAGAGCAGCUCCAUCGCCAGCUCGAUAUCCUAAAAAACUCUAAUUUCCUAGGCGCGUAUGACAGCAUUCGUGCCUCUUACAACAAGUCUUUGGACGCUGAGCGCCGUGCCAAUGAAUCAACAGUGAACAGGCCCAGUACAGUCAGCCAAUCGGCCGACACCCGGCGUCGCACCGAGCGCCUCAUCUCUGCCAAGAAGGACGAUUUCAACCGCAAAAAUGGCGCCAACAAGCGCUCGCUGGGAGAACUCAAGACCCAAGUUCAGGAUCUGGACAUGCAGAAGAUCAAUGAGAAGGUUUGCGGUGCCACAGGUGAUGCGCCCUGUGCGGAAAGCCCUUGUGGAGGCGCAGGUUGCCGUGACGAUGAGGGGAACCGUCACUGCGGAGGGCUGAACUGUAACGGUGCUGUAGCAGCAGCUGAUAAUGCUUUGGAGAGAGCCAAGCAUGCCGAGAAGCAGCUCAACAAAGCCAUGGGAGAAGUAGAGGGACUUGUUACCAAGGUGGCAGAGGCUAAAACCAAGGCAGAGGAGGCCAAGGAUAAAGCCCGAGCAGCUCUCGACAAAGCCAAAAGCACCAAGAACAAAGUGGAGCGCUCCAACAACGACUUGCGAGACCUCAUCAAACAGAUCAGGGACUUCCUCAUGCAGGAAGGGGCAGACCCUGACCAUAUUGAGGCCGUGGCGAACCGUGUGCUGGAGUUAUCCAUCCCUGCUUCCCCUCUCCAGAUCAGACAUCUCGUAGACGAAAUCAAAGAACGCGUCCGCAGCCUUUCCAAUGUAGAUGCCAUCCUGGCACAGACACAGGAUGAUGUCCGUAAGGCAGAAAAACUACUGCUGGAUGCCAAGAGGGAAAGGCAUCAUGCUGAAGGCGUGAAGACCACUGCAGAAACAGUGAAGCAGGCCUUGGUGGAUGCUAAGACGGCCCAAACGUCUGCAGAGAAGGCCAUCGCCAGAGCCAGAGCUGACAUUGAUGACACUGAGACCCGCCUGGCACAGAUAGAGUCAGAGACAUCUAACGGUGAGAGGCAACUGAGAGAGGCUAUGGACCGUCUGGGCACGCUGGGUCGAGAGAUCAAUGUGCUGAAGACCAAACGCGCUAACAACAGCAUGGCAGCAGCCCGGGCUGAAGAGACAGCCACCAUGGCACGAGACAAAGCGAACGAAGCCAAGCAGAUUCUAGACGGACAGUUGACCGAUAAGUACCAUGAGGUGAAGCAGCGCGUUGCCACUAAGGCCAAAGCUGUACAAGAUGCCAAGACGAAGGCAGAGAGUCUUAGGGAUGAAGCGAAACAACUACUGCAAGAUGCCCAGAACAAGUUGCAGAGACUAGCAGAGCUGGAGAAAAACUAUGAGGAGAAUGAGAGAAGGUUGGAAGGGAAAGCUCGUCAGCUGGAUGGCUUGGAAGACAAGAUGAGAGCCAUCCUCAAUGACAUCAACAAACAGAUCCAAAUAUAUAACACGUGCCAGUAGUAGCCUCCACCUUACUAUUCUGCACACUGCUUGACAUGGGGGGAACAUACCUUUUACCGAGGAAUGCUUAAUGUGUGGAAGUUGUGGGUUUUCAGUAUUUAAAGAAAAAAAAACAUCGGAAAUUGUAUGAUUGUAAAUGUGUGUAUUGAAUAUCAAAAAUGUGUGUAUAAUUUUAAUCACAAAUGUCAAUAAUCCAAAGAUAUGAGAUACAAUGUUACUUUUUUUUUUGUUACAUUUAUUUUUUAUUUUUUUGUUAUUCAUUUCGAGGCAGCGGGUUAAAUAAAGUGGCAGUUUGCUCUGAUCUGUACUCAACUCAUUUAACCUGUACACACUCGGUGUAUAAGUUUUGAACUGAUUAAAUCAAAACCGCAUUUCAAGCCCCUUUUUUUGGUAAAGACGCUAAUAAGGAAAGCCUCAAACAUGCAUUAUUGUAAUCAACCCUUCAGAAGUUACUUGCCACACAACGUACAACUUAAUUCUCCUAAAUUCAUGCUUUACAAAAUGUGACACAAAAGCCGAGAACAUAAAAGUCAAAAUAAUAAUGUAUUACAGUGCCUUAAUUUUGUGAAUAAAGGUUGGAAAUAUG